AUGAGCACACUUGAGAGCCGGAUUGCGGCGCUGUUAUCUGUGCUAUCAGAGGGUGAGAAUGCUGUGCAGUGUCCACUCGCCAUUUUCGCACACGGCCUGCGUGAGUCCUAUUGGGCACAAGUACAUCAUGCAAACGGUGGUACGGACGUUGGCAGCAGUAAUAUGAAUAACAACAACAACAACAACAACAACAACCACGCACCUGAUUUAAGUGAUGUGUUGGCGGAGCGUUCACUGGCGUUAUUGCGUGAGGAGGAGGCUAUAUCAAGUGACGAGGCUGCCCUGCGUGUGGCGUAUGAUAAGUUGCGAGCGGAGAUGGCCCGCGUGGAGGCGCAGCUGCAGUCGUUUGAGCGCCGAUCGCGGGAGUUGGCGCAGCAGAAGGCCUUCUGCAAACUGGCGAUGAAUCUCCUCGUGACGGGGGAGGUGCCGGAGUUCUACACCCCCGACGCGGAGUUCGUCGUUGGCGCCCCCCGCGAGGACAGCGACCCCACGCCGGAAAAUGCCGCCAACACGACCGUCGAUGGAAGUGAGGCGGUGCCGGAGGUCGCCCCCAUGAGCUCCGGCUCACCAAAGCGAACACGACGAAGUACAUCUAUGCCAAAACACCAAAAACAAAACAAUCACCAACCACAACAACCAUCACAACAAAAUACAGGAAGUGGGGGAAAUUCAAGAAGUCAAGACUUAUCUGCGUCUGUGGAAAAAGAUAGCAAUCAUGUAUCUGAAGGUAGUAUUGGGAGUAGAGACAGAAAUACACAAUACCCAUUAGCAUCAGAAAAUACACCCCUUUCUUCGCGUAAUAGUACUCGAUCAAGCCCAACAGGAAGUGCACUUUUAGCUAUGUUGCGUCUUCCUGAUGUAAAAGAGACAACACUUUUGCAUGCACUUGAAAGUUUUGAUGAUCAUUACUUUCGUAGACCUUUAAACUGGACAAAAGAGCAGUUACAAGAGUUACAACAAGUUUUUAUUGGUCUUCUCAAACAUCUUCCACAACCACGCCCACCUAUUCAAAUUGCAGAGUUACGAAUACUUGGACAUAUUUUUCGUGCAUCAACAGGCAUAAAUCAUGCCACAUCCGAUCUUACAUCUCCUUCUAAUCAUCCAUCACCAUUUUCAAGAUUAUCAGAUUCUGCUAUUAUGCCAAUGUUACAUGCAUUACUUCAUGAAGGUCAUGCUGUUGCAACACUCACACGUCUCCUUCAAAGUGUUAAUGAUGACGUGAAGUUUGAAGUACUAGAAUGUCUUUCCCCUCUUAUCAUUAACUCAAAUUCGCAGCACACGCAUUCCAACAACGGUAAGAACAAUAUGCAUAACAGCAACAACAAUACUAAUAAUAAUAACAACAACAAGAACAGUGGUGGAACUGUAUCAGAUGCACGAAAAGAGUUCAUUGCAGCAGGUGGACUUCAACCUUUAGUGAAUAUUGUAGCAUCAUGUACUUCUGAAGCGGUGUUGGAACGUUCACUUGUGCUUCUUUGGGGUCUUCUUGCCCGUAAUGAUGACGAGGCGAAAGUACGUGCAGAAGUACGUCGCCUUGGUGGAUUACGAGCGGUGCUUGAUCUCCUUUACACUGAUUCUAUUCCUAUUCUUGAGAAUGUUGCCAUGACGAUUGGUUAUAUUACACGUGAGGAGACGGCGAAGAUUGAUAUUCGUGAGGCAGGCGGACUUGAAAAGAUAACUGCAACACUGCGACACCCGUAUGAAUCUAUUCAAACAAAAAUGGCAGGCGCCGUGUGGAAUUGUGCCAGUAACGCAGAAAACAGAGCUUACUUGCGACAUAUUGGUUGCAUCCCUGCUUUGUUAGAAUUGCUUAGUUCGCCGUAUGAGUUUGUACAGGAAAAUGCAGCCGGAGCAUUAUGGAAUCUUAGUGUUGAUCCAGAAAAUAAAACUCAAAUUCUUGAUUACGGUGGUAUUGCAGAACUUGCACAAUUAAUUGCUAAAAGUAGUAGCGUAAGUGUGGUAGAAAAUGCCUCUGGUACACUUUGGAACUGUAGUGCUGCAGUAGAAACACGUCCAGCUAUUCGUAAAGCAGCUGCUAUUCCAAUUUUACUUGGAGUUCUUAAUCGAAAGUCCAUUAAAGAACAACAACAUAGUGAUCUUUCAACUGGUAAAGAACGUUCUGCAACUCUUCCUAUAAGCGAUAAGAUACUUGAUAAUGUAGCUGGUACACUUCGUAAUUGUGCUAUUAAUGAUCAAAACAAGCCAGCCAUUCGUGAAGCUGGUGGUGUAGAGUUACUUCUUGGGAAACUUAAACAAGGAAUUCUGCAACAACCACUCUCUAUUCCAAUGCCAACACUUGAUAAGAUGUCAUCUACAUUGUGGAUUCUUACCAUCUCUCCAGAAAUUAAACACAGUGUACGAUUAAGUGGUGGUAUUCCAUUAUUAGCUAAAAUACUUGAAGCAUCUUCUUCUACGGCAGCAAAGAAAUCUUCCAGUUCUAAUUUUGUACAACUGUCGAUGAGUGUAAAAGAAAAAAUUGUUGGUAUUUUGCGUAAUUGUUCAACCGUUCAAGAAAACCGACCGGCUAUGGUUGCUGCAGGUGUUGUACGGGCUUUAGUUCAUGUUGUGGAGGAUUGCUACAUUACAAAUGAUACCAAAACGAGUACCAAACAGUUAUCCUCUUCAUCAACCUCUCAACCACCACCACCACCACCACCACCACCACAACAACAACAACAACCAUCUCUACAACUUAAAGAGACUGUAGCAUCUGCAUUAUGGUAUCUCUCUCGUGAUGAUAAGGUUGCACCACGUGAAGAGGGUGGUCUUGAACUCCUCUGCCGUUUAUUACAAGAGGAAGAUCAACCUUCUGUUGUCCUGGAACAGGCUGCAGGAGCACUCUCUUCGCUUACUGUAAAUAGUCAAGAAAAUCGUAUUAAAUUACGUGAAUAUGGUGGACUUCAUGCACUUUUGCGACUUAUUCAAGUAAAGGCUCCGCUUGCCUUCCCACAGAAUACACCAAAUGGCAAUGGUGGAAAAACUACUUUUUCAUCUUCCACUACUGGACGUUCAGCAGGUGUUAACAGCAUCAACAGUUCCAGCAAGAUGGAUGGUACUGUUUCGCAUACAUAUGCCGUAUUAAACGCACUUCUAGCCAUCCGUAAUAGCAGUUCCUCAAAUGAAGAUAAUCUACGCUGCGUCGCUGAGUGGCGACAUCCACAAACGGGUGAGGGAGUAUCAUCAUCUUCCUCCACAUCCGCAUCCAAUUCCACCUCUCCCUUUACCGCAUCCUUGUUGUAUAUUAUACAGUAUGGAUCAGAGGACUGUGCACGGGAGGCCGCACUCUGUGUGAAGAAUCUCUGCGGUCAUGCCAAGGCAUUGGAUUCACUGCUGCAGCAAGAUGCCGUAGAAGUGUUGGGCGGCCUUGCGGAACGAGGCUCAACAGAUUCCGUACGACGAGCAGCAGCGAUGACAUUGCACUCUCUCGCACGAGCACAAAGACGAUAG